AAAAAAAAGAAAAAGAGAGAGCGAGAGAGGAGGAGGAGGAGAAGAGAGCAGAACAGUUUCAAACACGUCGGCAUAAACCUCACACCCGGAGAGCUCCCUUUCCCCCCCUGCGCUCUCCGCUGACGGACUUCGCGACUUGUGCCCCCCCAUCCCCCCCCCUCCGCCUUGCGCGCCAAAUGCCCGAGAGCGCGCCGAGACGGAGGAUCGUUCCCCCUCGAGCAUGAACAGGAUUGCCAAAUCAUCCGCAAUCCAACAUCACCGCCCGAGCCACCGGCACGAGCACUGGAUACAUAUGCUCCAGCAGAAGUUGCGGGCUCGACAACUAGCACGUCUUGGACCGCAGACGCAGCGAAGAGGGGAGAGUCAGUUUUAGGUCUCCACGUAAUGGAGCGAGAAUGAACAGAGAGCGGCUUAAAAAAAAGCAUGAACUGGAGGUUUAUUGAGGUCAUCUGCUUCCUGUUUAUAUGGGACCAUAUAACAGUUCAGUCUUCCCGCCAGGACCCGUUGGCCACUGAGCAACAUGUCACCAAGCAAUAUGAGUGGCUCAUCUCCGACCGUGGACCUUUCCACCACUCUCGAAGUUAUCUGUCCUUUGUGGAAAGAUUCCGCCAAGGAUUUACGACCAGAUAUAAAAUUUAUAGGGAAUUUGCACGUUGGAAGGUGAGGAACACGGCGAUUGAGAGGAGGGACCUGAUCCGGAACCCCGUGCCACUCAUGCCUGAGUUCCAGCGCAGCGUACGCUUGCUGGGCCGUAGACCCACCACUCAGCAGUUCAUCGACACCAUCAUUAAGAAAUAUGGAACCCACAUUCUCAUCUCAGCCACCCUGGGAGGAGAGGAAGCACUGACUAUGUACCUGGCCAAAAACAAGCUGGACAGGAAGCUUGCCAACUCUACUCAGAACGUGGAAGCCCUUCAUCAGCUGGCCUCGUCAUACUUCAUUGAUCGCGACGGCACGAUGAGGAAGCUACACGAGAUCCAGAUUUCUACCAAUGCCAUCAAGGUGACGGAGACACGGACGGGGCCACUCGGGUGCAGCAGCUAUGACAAUCUGGACUCCGUUAGCUCAGUGCUUCUGCAGAGCCCCGAGAGCAAGCUUCAUUUGCAAGGUCUUCAGGUCAUUUUCCCAGAAUACCUGCAGGAGAAAUUUGUCCAGUCAGCUCUCAGCUACAUCAUGUGCAAUGGAGAGGGAGAGUACGUCUGCCGGAACAACCAGUGCAUCUGUCAAUGUGCAGAGGAGUAUCCCCAAUGCAACUGUCCCAUCACCGACAUCCAGAUCAUGGAGAACACAAUGCUGGGGAUGUCUGAGUCAUGGGCUUCCUCUUAUAAAGACUUUGAGAACUCUGAUGAGUUCAAGUCUUUCCUGAAGAGGCUGCCCUCCACUCACUUUCUGCCCAUCAGCAGUGUGCAUCUCUUGUGGGGCAGCGACUGGGACCUGCAAGCCCGAUACAGGCUCCUCCAGAGUUCCCUUGAGAUACAGCGGCUCAAGAUACAGCGCACCGCCCGCAAGCUAUUUGGCCUCAGCAUCCGUUGUCACCACAACCCCAACCACCAGAUGCCUAGGGAGAGGUCUGUGAUGCAGUGGCUAAACAGGGUUCAGUCCUUCCUCUACUGCAAUGAGAAUGGGUUCUGGGGGACGUUCUUGGAGAGCCAAAGGACAUGCGUGUGCCACACGGGCGUCACCCUGUGCCAGAGACCCAUCCCUUGUGUCAUAGGUGGCAACAACAGCUGUGCCAUGUGUAGCUUGGCCAACAUCUCACAAUGUGGCUCCUGCAACAAGGGCUACAAGUUGUAUCGUGGUCGUUGUGAGCCCCAGAAUGUGGAUUCAGAACGUAGUGAGCAGUUCAUCAGCUUUGAAACUGAUUUGGACUUUCAGGACCUGGAACUGAAAUACCUGUUACAGAAAAUGGAUUCACGACUGUACAUUCACACUACUUUCAUCAGUAAUGAGAUCCGCCUAGAGACAUUCUUUGACCCUCGAUGGCGCAAGCGCAUGUCUCUGACUCUCAAAAGUAACAAAAAUCGGAUGGACUACCUCCACAUGAUAAUCGGUCUAUCGAUGAAGAUUUGCCAGAUGCGAAAUAGCAGUAUUGACCCCAUGUUCUUCGUCUACGUCAACCCAUUCAGUGGCAGUCACUCAGAAGGCUGGAGCAUGCCAUUUGGUGAACACGGUUACCCACGCUGGGAAAAAGUGCGACUGCAGAAUUCCCAGUGCUUCAACUGGACUCUCCUGCUUGGCAACCGGUGGAAGACCUUCUUUGAGACGGUGCACAUCUACCUUCGUAGCCGUGCUAAGAUCCCAACUGGUCUACGCAAUGAUACAGGACAGGGUCCAGUGGAUCUUGGGGACCCUAACAAACGCCAGAUCUACAUCAAAAUAUCUGAUAUCCAAGUUUUUGGCUACAGCCUGCGCUUUAAUGCCGACUUGCUUCGUAGUGCUGUGCAGCAGGUGAACCAGUCGUACACACAAGGAACUCAGUUCUACUCAUCCUCAUCUGUUAUGCUCCUGCUACUGGACAUUAGGGAUCGGAUUAACCGCCUAGCCCCUCCAUCUGCACCUGGCAAACCCCAACUGGACCUCUUCUCUUGUAUGCUAAAGCAUAGGCUCAAGCUCAACAACAGCGAGAUGAUUCGAGUUAAUCAUGCCUUGGACAUGUACAGCACAGAAAUACUGAAACAGUCAGAUCACCUGACUGCUAAACUCUGUUGAACAUAAUGGCAUUAACACAAGGACAGCAAACUAAACACAAACACCCAACAAAUGAACUAUAAGGGGAUAAUAAUCUAAAUUUUCUUUUCUCUUUCUCAUUUUUGGACCUUUUCUGCCUUUUGAUGUAAUAUUAACUUUGUAAGCAUAAUUCUUAAAGAGAAAAAGGGAAAGCAGUGAUGAAAAGCAUUUCAGGAAGAUAAAGAAGAUUAAUGGAAAAAAACUCUAAGGACUGUAUCAUAUUUGUCCCAGCAUGUCUAUCAUUCCCUAAAAGAACUUAAAAGAGAGAGGGAGAAAAAAUAAAUAUAAAAUGUAUGUACUGGUGAAAAAGAGGCCUUGAUUUUAGUCAGAAGGAUAAAAGGUUAUAUGUGAAACUGCCAUUCUUUACUGAGAAAAAAACAAACAUUUUUAAGCGAUUAAUGACAUAACACAAGGGCAGACAAGAUAUACUUUUAUUUCAGCAUAUGUGCAAAAUAUUUCAGACAUAAUGGACAUUUUAAUAUCAAAGAUGUUUAUACAUUGUAAGGAUUAAAUAGCCCUAGUGAGUAAGUAGUCAACACAUUACUGAAGAAUCUUUAUUAUAUUUCAAACCCACAGUGAAUCUGCAUUGCUCUUUGUAAGUUAUGAGGCACUCUGUCAUUGUUCUGACACAUAAGGCACACAGCAGGGCAGUAAUGGAUAGUCAUGUCAAAUAACAAAAGCCAGCUGUUUAUAUAUACAUAUAUAUGUGGGUGAAUGUGUGCAUAUGUGUGCGUGUGCAAGUGUGCGCAUACCUUUUUUUGGCUUGAUGCUUAUUGCUGUUCGUUAAUUGAAUGUGUCAUUUGAGAUUGACUCCAGUCUAAGCUGAAUCUUGCAUUUGGAUUGCUUCUUCCCGUGUUUGAAAUUCAAGCUGUGUUUUUCACAAGGCAGUACCUCCUGGUGCGUGAGUGCAAUAUUGUGGUCUGAAGAUUUAACAAUCAAUGCUAUUUUGUACAGCUUUGCAAAAUGUACAUGUUGUGACUGCUGAUUUGUGGAGCUUUUCGGCACCAAGAGCAAAAUGUAAACAUUCAUUGUUCAGGCACAUUUGCAAGACAACUUAAAGCCAUACACUUCCCUGAGGUAGACAUAAGACAUCUAAUUCAUUCAUGUGUCACUUAGUACUUCAUAACAUGGACAAAAAGAAGUUCCAUUUACAUGUUUUUGUUUUAUCCUCUCACUUGAUUUCAUAAAAUAACACAACAAAAAGGCUGAUGACAAGAGAGGGCAUUUCAUAUAGAGUGAGAAUUGUUUUUAAGGCCAUUGAAUUUUGAUGUCACAGGAAAAAAAAAGGAGAAAUUGUUAUAUUAAAGCUUAAACUACCAUUUUGGCAGUGAUUAAUCUAUAAGCUCUCAUGUCCACAUGUAAAAAAUGUCUGUUUGUCUUUCCAGAUAUCAAAUUAACAGUUUUUCUGCAUGUUGGAGGAAACACUACUACACCACAUCCAAUCAAAAGUUUUAUAUUGAUUUGAUGUUUUAAAAAAGUAUUCAUUUUUUAUCAAAAUUCAAGAUGUUCACCUCCAGUGAAUAACAUUAAAUGGAUUUAAAAGUUUUAGUUGCCAAAGUUUCCUGCAACAAUGGAAGUUAUAGGCCUUGAAAGUUAAUGCAAACAAUUCCUACAGGUUCUCUAACUUUUGUUGAAUAUAAACUGGAACAAACUCUGUUACGACACAAUCUGAUUUAUUAUUAGAACAACACCGUACUGCUGGAAGAUGUAUUUUAUAGUGCUAUCAGAAAAAAAUGAUAAGAAAAAGGUAAGUAACAAAGUAUGAAAGACAGGACACUUGGUCAGGAAUUCAUCUCACAGCAAGAUAAUGAGCAAAAAGAUGAGAAAUGGUUGCUUCACAUGAUGGAGGAUCAUUACAGUCUCCAGACUAUCCCAUCAAGUUGGUCUCGGAUGAUUGGACAGGGUGUGAUAGCAUACAAACUUCAAUGUGAGAUAUUUGUGGGAUAACUUCUGCAACAUUAUUGGAAUGAGCUGUUCAAACAAUUCUACACAUUUGCAUUGUGCAAUGAACAAUGAUUAUGUUCAAUGAGUCAUUUUUUGGAUUAAAUUUAGGAUUUAGGAUUUAGGAUUCCAGGGAAAAAAAAUUACACAGACAUUAGUUUUAGUUUUACGUUUGAAAACUGAGGUGUUGUAAAACUUUUGACAUGUAGUGUACGUGGUUUGGUCACACUUAAUUUGAUUAAUCCGGUGCUGACGCUAUUGCCGAUGACUUUUUGUAGGUCUAAUCCAUCACUUGCAUGUUUGUUCACAACAAGAAAGGCAAAGUCCCCCAUGUUGAACAAACUCGCUGUCCUGGCCAUACAUGGGUUCAAAUACUAGAAUAAGGGAAACUUUGUAUUUGCUGCUGGAAAACCCAACCUCUAGAAAAAACUUUGAUCCAAUAUAAAAGCUGCCAACCCAUAUGCAAGCUUUUUAGAAUAACAUCUAAAAACCCACACUUUUCCAGUUGUCCUUCUUGUUUCUAUAUGGCUGUAGUAUCUUGAUGUAGCUAUAGUUUGGAUGCAUUUGUAUUAUUUUUUUAUUUGAUUUUGUUUGAAAAAAAGUUUUGUUCUUUUUACUGUGAUAAGAUUACUUGUGGGGUAAGCUGUAAGCAGAGGCACAUAAUAUUUCUGGGGACAACCAUAUUGAGUUGUGACAUAAAUGUGGGUGAGAAAAACAAUGGAGCUGGAAACCAGGUUUCGAAUUCUUCAAACAAUUCAACACCUCUUGAAUAUAGUGGUCAAAAUUAGGGCAAUGAUUGAAGCAACAGGCCAGGAGCAAAACCUUUGGGACGUACCUUAGGUACUUCACUUUUCUUCACUUUUGGCAGGUUUUCUUACUAUCCCAUCAGUCUAUACUCAAUAACCCAUAAUGACUAAUACAAAUGUGUUUUGGGGGAUUUUUCUAGAUAUAUUGAAAAACAAAACUAAAUUUGUUGUGGGACUCCAAAUUGUGGUCAGCUGCAUCCUGUGUGAUUUAAUUAUCCUUGAAAUGAUUCUAGACUUUGAAGAACAUUGGAGUCCACCUGUGGGAAAUGGAGUUGAUUGGACAUAGUUAAGGAAGGAACACAUCUGUGUAUAAAAGGUUCCCACAAUUCAAAGGGUAAGGCGGGACAAAAAGGCAAGCCAUGAAGUCCAAGGAGCUCGGUGCAGACCUUCACAAUACAACUGGGGUGAGGCAAAGAUCAGGACAAUGGAAUCAACCAUUUCCAGGAGCUUAGUGGCCUUAAUAAUUGUGAUUGGACUCGUCCAGCCAAAAUGACUGACCAAGGACACAACAAUCACUCUACUAGAGCUUCAGGAGUUCUCCAGAGAUGGAAGAAUCUGCUGGAAGGACAACCACCACAACACCACUCUGUCAAUCAGGCCUUUAUGGUAGAGUGCCUGGAAAAAAGCCUCUUUGAUUAAAAGGCAUAUGACAACAUGAUUGAUGAGACAAAAAUGUAACCCUUUGGGCAAAACUCCAAGCAAAAUGCCCCGACAAACACCAGACAUCACUCUUCACCUCUAAUACCUAUGGUGAAGCAUGGCAUCGCGCUAUAUGCCUGCUUCUCAGCAGCAGGGAAAAAGACACUGGUCAGCAUUUUGUAAAGGAUGGAUGUUACCAAAUACAGGGAAGUCCUUGAAGAAAAUAAACUCCAAUGUACAGUUGAGGUGACAGGUUAGCUUUCCGCAACUGUGGUCCAAAGGAUACAGUCAAGACAACACCAGGGUGACUUCGGGACGACUCUCUGACUGCCCUUGAGUGGCCCAGGCUUUUACUCCACAGAACAUCUGUGGAACGAUCUCAAGAUGACAUUUCAGAUUCUUUCCAUCCAAUCUGAUGGAGCUUGAAAGGAUCUGCCAGGAAGAUUUAUACAAACUGCCUAAAUACAGGUGUGCAAAGCUUGUAGAGACUUACCCAAUGAGACUCAAAUCAAUAUUUGCUGGAAACUGAGCUUUUACAAAGUACUGAAUUAAGGUUCUGAAUAAUUUUGUAAAUUACAUUAUUAAAUUCAUGAUUAUAAAUAAAUUUGUGAAAAAGGGGAGAAAAAAGCAUGUUUUUACUCUUUGCCACUAUGGGUUAUUGAGUGUAAAUUGAUUUACAAUUAUAUGUGAAAUACAAUAAAGUGUAGACGGAGCAAAAAAUAUUAAUACCUUUUGAAAUCACUGCAGCUUUGUCAGCUGCAAAAUUUGCUGCAUCCACAGUUUUAAGAGAUGUGCAUCCUCACCAAUGUUGUAGGCAAACAGAAACAUAUAUUGUGUGACCAUGAGUAUCCUUAUGAUUUAUUUUAAUGUUGUUAGUCUUUUUGAGAACCCCUUUUGAUGCUUGAAAGCUCCUUUAUGAAAAACAUCAGUUACUCAUUAAGUAACUACAUUUUAUCUCAACAAAAUCUAAUGCAUUUCUGGUUAUUCUGUAUUUUUGCCAAAUUAGUAUCUUCGGUGUAUAUGUUAUAACAUAUGUCCUGAUGCUUAGCUUGUCCGGCUCAGCUCCAUGUUGUGAAAUCAAACUCACAGUACACAGUACUUACUUCAGUCCUCAUCUUUGUAAGGUUAAUAGCUCAGUAUCUUUACAGUUGCUUUCAAAGUGUGUCGAGUCAUCACUGAGGUGCUAUUGUUUCAAAUGUGUAAAGGAUGACAGCCCUGCUCGGAAGUUAGCAGCAAGGGAAGAGGGCGUAUGGCCUGGUGGAUAAGAUUAAAAUCAACUGUAUUGUGACCAGUGCAUCUACUUGGGUGAGAUUGUAGGUCCCUAUACACCAGCUUAUCUGCAGGUCAGACAUAAUGGUAGCUGCUAGCAGCUUCAAAAUUCCAAGGUACUGUAUUGUUGGAGUUUAUCAGGCUCAGUGAUGAAUUUCAAGCUCAUUAGCUUGCUUAUGCUACCACUGUAGCAGUUAACACUUUUGAAAACAUGUUAGCAUCCAUUGCAUUACCGCUGUAACAUUUGCAUGCCAACGGUAUCUCCUAAAGGAUUUGUUUUAGCUGAUUUAGAGCUAAUUCCAAAAUACUGAAGCUAAGCCCAACAAGCCUGGGAUGGCCAUAAUCCUGUAAUCAAUAGAAAUGCAGUAAAUAGGGGAAAUGAUUUUUCUGCAACAGCAUUGUAGUAUCCAAAUUAAUUUGAACCAUGUUAAAAUAAUAAUAAGGAUGAACAAGCUAUUAUUAUUUUUAUUAUUAUUAUUAUGAUUAUUAUGAUUAUUAUUUUUAUUAAAGUGCCUGUUAUCUAUCCCUUUAACAUGUUUAAAGCUGGAGAAAUAUUUAGAUGCUACACAGGAGUGACACUCAAUUUGCUCCAGGAUAUAAGACCAUACAUGAUCAAAUACAAACUUUUCAUCUCCUCCUGAGGACGAAGGUUCAGGGGAGGCUUGUGCAUGUGGGGAGGUCGACCACCAGACAAAAACAAAGAAUGACUUGUAGUAAUGGUGGAUCUUUUUGUCCCUUGUUGUACAAUAUAUCUGUAAAUAUCAACUCUGUUACAGUAACAAAGCUCUGCUACAGUAACAAUAUUAUAAAAAUAUAAAAAGUACUGAAAGGAAAGACAAAGACUACUUCAAAAAAAAGCCCUCCAUUUGAGUACAUUAGCACAAAGAACAGGGCACCCAUGUCUUAUGUAUGUAAUUAGAUUCAUGACAAUUUAUGACUGUUUUUAUAUUGUCAAAACAUGCUGUACAUUAUUUAGUUUUGAGCCACCUGCAAGGUCAAUAAAACAAGCACAUUUACUCGUAUGGCAUUAUGCUACCACAGUGUUGCUUACAUGUAUCCAUGACUAUGUCUGAAGAUUUUUACACCUAAUACCUUGCCUAUGUACUUUUUUGCUCAGAGAUCAUUAUAUCAGCUUAUUUCAAAUGAAUGUUUCAUAUAAUAAUCUAUUUCUCAUUAAAAUGCUAUAUUUAAUAAGAAGAGCAAGGCUCGUUUUUGCCAUUUGUUUAUAGAAACCACAUAAGUAUGUACAGUAGUACAGCACUAACUCAGUGUAGAUUAUUUUCCCAAAUCCUAAAACCCAAAUAAUGUGUCCUGGCAUUGUCAAAAUACCUUCUCUUAACUACGGUGUCUGCUUCUACAGAGGAUUUUCACUGUGAGCAUUAUCCCUGUCCCUGACAUGUUGAUAACAAAGAUUUCUUCCAUGA